AUGCUUAAGAUCUGGCUGCUGUUGCGGGACGUGCCACGAGAGCAGGCACGCUGCAUGGAGGACGAGGCUGGAGUCAUGGUUAAAGCCUCUCUCACAGUGGCUAGUCAGUGUGCCCCAUCCCUGCACAGCCAGUCCUGCUUCAACCCUUGCUCCUCCUACACUAUCAGCCCCUGUAACCAGCUCCCUGUUGCCGAAGCAGAAAUAGGUCUUCUCUAUGAUGAGCAUGAUCCUAAAGAGAGUGCGAACAAGCGGCUGCUCCAGGGCAUGAAGAUCGCUACUUCUCAAGAUCUAGGAUCUGACCUAGCUUCAGGCCUACCUCUGUCUGGGAGUGGAGCCACACGGCCAAAGAGCAUCGACCUGUCCAGUCCGGAGAGGAGGGGCCAGCGAGCUGAGCCCAGAGGAGGAGGCAAGGAUGGAAAGGGAACACUGACUCCCAUGCCAAGAGGACAGAGCCCAGAGCAGCAGCGGAGCCUGAAGGUGGCAUCUGUGCAGGGGCACCGCCUGGACCGCCGGUUGUCUUCCCUGGGUCGCAUCGCGGUGGUGGUGGACCAAGGAUCUGGCUUCGUCAAGGCGGGCUUCGCGGGUGAGGCACGACCACGCCUGGUGCUCAAAAGUUCCAGCUUGGUGCCCACGGGCCUGCGGGGCUGCAAGCUGGCCGAUGGCACGGUGCGGGCGCACCCAAUCAAGCACGGCGUGGUGGUGGACUGGGAAGCCCUGGAGGGCUUGUGGGAGCGCCUGUUGGUGGGCGGCCUGCAGGUGUGCCCGGAACAGUGGCCCGUGUUAGUGAGCUACUCACCGACAUCGCCACCUUCUGCCCGCGAGCGGGUAGCCGAGCUGCUAUUCGAGGCCCUGGCAGUGCCUGCCUGCCACAUGGCCAGCACCGCCUUGCUGGCACUCUGCUCCACCGGCGCGCUCUCGGGGCUGGCAGUAGAGGCCGGUGCCGGCGUGUGCCAUGCCACCCCGGUCUAUGCGGGCCACUCCUGGCUUGAAGCCACCUACCGCAUGGACGUGGCCGGUAGCACCCUGUCACGCUACCUGCGGGAACUGCUGGUGGCGGCCUGUCCUGAUCUGCGGUGGCAGGACCUGUCCCGCAAGGCCAUCACACGGCUCAAGAAACGCUUCUGCUAUGUCUCCCAAGACUUCGAGCGUGACCUCCGGAAUCCUGCCUGCCAGCACCCGGCCAGCUUCUACCUGGCCAGCGGGUACAGGGUCUGCCUCAGCAGCGAACGCUUCCGCUGCCCGGAGCCCAUCUUCCAGCCGGGUCUGCUGGGACAGAAUGGGCCAGGAUUGCCCACACUGGCUUUCCAGGCACUGCAGAAGGUGCCCCCCACGCUGCGGAGGCGCCUGGCCAACACCGUGGUGCUGGCCGGAGGCUCCACACUCUUCCCUGGCUUCACUGAGCGUCUGCAUAAAGAGCUGGAGGCCCGGUGCCAGCAGCAUGGUGACCGAACACUGCAACCACACCUGGUGGCUGACCCUGGGCGAGGCACGGCCGUGUGGACAGGCGGCUCCAUGAUGGCCUCGCUGCACUCCUUCCAAUGCUACUGGAUGACCCGGGCCAUGUACCAGGAGUACGGCUCCAGGCUGGUGUACGAAGUAUUCAAUUGA